GUCGCGCGUCCGCAAGCCUAGCCCGGCGUGCCCGCUCCGUCAGGCGGUCAUGGGGCGGCCACCAAGAACCGCGGGCGCGGUAAGGACGUAGGGCGCGGGGACCCGGCUAGCCGGCCGCGCGGUACGAAGUCCUCCGGCGGGCAGCCGAUACGGAAGCAGCCGGUGCCGGGCGGCGGCGGGGCAGCGGCAGCCGCCUGGGAUGUUCAGUCAUGAAACGAGUGCGCACGGAGCAGGUUCAGGUGGCAGUGUCCUGCUACCUCAAACGUCGGCAGUACGUGGACUCAGAAGGCCCCUUGAAGCAAGGCCUGAGACUAUCACAGACCCCUGAGGAGAUGGCAGCCAACCUCACAGUCCAAUCAGAAUCUGGUUGUGCCAAUGCGGUGUCUGCAGCUCCUUGCCAGGCAGAACCCCAGCAAUAUGAAGUACAGUUUGGACGACUGAGAAGCUUUCUCACUGAUUCUGACUCCCAGCACAGCCAUGAAGUUAUGCCUCUCCUCUACCCCCUCUUUGUCUACCUCCACCUCAACCUGGUCCAGAGUGGCCCCAAGAGCACAGUGGAAAGCUUCUAUAGCCGCUUCCAUGGAAUGUUCCUACAGAAUGCAAGUCAGAAGGACAUCAUUGAGCAGCUGCAAACCACACAGACCAUCCAGGACAUUCUGUCAAACUUCCAGCUUCGUGCAUUCCUGGACAACAAGUACGUGGUCCGUCUCCAGGAAGAUAGCUACAACUACCUUAUCCGCUACCUCCAAAGCGACAACAACACUGCCCUGUGCAAGGUGCUUGCCGUGCACAUUCACCUGGACGUUCAGCCUGCCAAGAGGACAGACUAUCAGCUCUAUGCCAGUGGUGGCUCCUCCCGAAGUGAGAGCAGCGGCUUGGAGCCACCAGAUGUGCCCAAUCCAAUUCUGCAGAAUGAGGCUGCCCUGGAAGUCUUGCAGGAGAGUAUCAAGCGGGUCAAGGAUGGACCUCCCUCCCUCACCACCAUCUGCUUCUAUGCCUUCUAUAACACAGAGCAGCUGCUGAAUACUGCAGAGAUCUCCUCUGAUAGCAAACUUCUGGCUGCUGGGUUUGACAACUCCUGCAUAAAGCUCUGGAGCUUGCGCUCCAAAAAGCUGAAAUCAGAGCCCCACCAUGUGGACACAUCUCGUAUCCGUCUAGCUUGUGACACUCUGGAGGAGGAGGAGAAUGAGGAAGAUAAUGCAGGCACAGAGAUGAAGAUCCUUCGGGGACACUGUGGCCCAGUAUACAGCACUCGGUUCCUCGCAGACAGCUCGGGGCUACUCUCUUGUUCUGAAGAUAUGUCCAUCAGGUACUGGGACCUGGGAAGCUUCACCAACACUGUGCUGUAUCAGGGACAUGCCUACCCUGUGUGGGACGUGGACAUCAGCCCCUACAGCCUGUAUUUUGCCAGUGGGUCCCAUGACCGUACCGCCAGGCUGUGGUCUUUUGAUCGGACGUACCCGCUGAGGAUAUAUGCAGGACACCUGGCUGAUGUGGACUGUGUCAAAUUCCACCCCAACUCAAACUACUUGGCUACAGGUUCCACUGAUAAAACUGUCCGGCUCUGGAGUGCCCAACAGGGGAACUCAGUGCGGCUCUUCACAGGUCACCGAGGUCCCGUGCUUUCCCUUGCCUUUUCUCCCAAUGGUAAGUACUUGGCAUCUGCUGGUGAGGACCAGCGGUUAAAGCUGUGGGACUUGGCCUCUGGGACGCUUUUUAAAGAACUGAGAGGCCACACAGACAGUAUCACCAGUCUGGCCUUUAGCCCAGACAGCGGUCUGGUUGCCUCUGCCUCCAUGGACAACUCUGUGCGUGUCUGGGACAUCAGAAGCACGUGCUGUAACACACCUGCUGAUGGCUCUUCGGGUGAGCUCGUGGGCGUGUACACUGGGCAGAUGAGCAACGUCCUGAGUGUGCAGUUCAUGGCCUGCAACCUCCUCCUGGUGACUGGAAUCACACAAGAAAAUCAAGAACAUUAAGUUUUUAUUCAGGUGGCAGACUGGGUGGGGCUGGAAGACUGGUCGAAGUCCAGGACUUGCUAAAACUGAAUCAGUGAUUGCAAAAGAGCCCUCCCCUACCCCACAUUCACCCAAAACA